AUGGAAACGGAGCCUAGUGUUAAGCAGGUUGAUAAAACCUCUUUGAAAAUCAAACAAUACGAACGUUCAAGGUUUUCAAAUAUUGAAAGAGUUGGUACUGGUGCAUAUAAGGAAUUAAUUCGAGCUAUUUCGGAAAAUGAUGAUAUGGUCGUUGCUUUGAAACAAGUGGAUAUUAAAAAUGAAAAUGAACUUCUGAAAGAGAUUGAAUCACUAGUCAAUGUGAAUCAUCACCCUAACAUUAUCAGAUUUUAUGGGAUUACAGAAAUAUCACCAUCAAAUUAUAUGAUGAUGUUUGAGUUUGCUGAUAAUGGAACUUUAUGCGAAUAUUUACAUACAAAAAUUUUGACAUGGAAUGAAAGAUUUAAGCUUGCUUAUCAAAUCGCUUCCGCCAUUAAGUGCCUUCAUAGUCAUAAUAUUGUGCAUGGGAACCUUAAUUCAUUCAAUACUUUAGUCCAUCAAGAUAAUAUUAAAAUCUGCGAUUUUGGUCCUUCGAAGAAUUUAAUUAAUAUAAGUUUAAACCCACAUUUUCAACCUACAAGUCUUAUGGCGUACAAAGAGAUAUCUCAUAAUGUUCCUGAUAAAAAAGUCGAUAUUUAUUGUAUUGGAAUGCUUUUAUGGGAAUUAUCAAGUGGGCAUCCUCCAUUCAGAAAUCGUGAUGCCGCAUUAUUUGUAUUCGACUUUGCGAAUGAAGUUAAAGAAGAACAUGUUCCAGGAACUCCAGAAAAGUAUAUUCAAAUAUAUACUGAUUGUUGGCAAAGUAAUAGAUCGAGACGUCCGGACAUUACUGAAGUUGCUAAUUCGCUUAAAAGAUUAAUGUCGAGUAAUGUAUCUGUUUCUGUUAAUAAAAAAAUCGGUUGUAGAGAAAGUAAAAGAUCAAUUACAGAAAAAUAUUCUAAAACUAAGGAACAAGUCAAAUCAUAUAAUUUAAUUUUUGAAAGAGAAUUUAAAACUCACAGAGAAAUUAAUAUAAUUAUAAAUGAGCAUUCACCAGAAAUUCGGUUAGAACCCAGAACGGAUAAUAAUCACUUACAAGAAAUGCAAAUAGAUCUUAAUUUAACAGAAGGAGUUGAUAGUAAAAUUAUAGCUCAUCAAUCUGUGGAUGACAAUAUUCAACCAUUCAAUUCUUUAUUUAAAUCGGUCACAGAAGUAAUUGAAAAAAUGCUAACAAUAUAUGCGUCUGCUGAAUGUAGUAAAAAAAUUUGUUGUGCGUUAUUGUUUCGUGUUGAAAUAGCACAAACUUAUAUAAAGAAUUUGCAAAGAAAACGUCAAGCUAAUGUUAAAAAUUUCCGACGACAAGAUUAUUAUCUUACUUGGGUCAAAUUUACCAAUGUUUUGAAAAAUAUCAUGAUAUUUGCUGAAGAAAUUACACAAUUAUCAUGGUUCCGAAAGUUUUUAAAUGUCAAUAUGGUCAUAGAUACUUUUUAUGCAAAUGUUGUAGAAUUCGAAGAUUCUUGUUAUGAUUUAGAUUUAGCUGCAGCUGUUUACAAUGCUGAACAAAGAGAAAAGGAGGCACAAGAUGUAGCCUACGAUAUUUUAAUUUUGAAAAAGUCUUUGGAUGGAAUGGAGUCUGAAAUUAAAACAUUAACUACAGAGAUUGCUGCAUUUAAUACAGCAAAACAUUCUUUAAAAAAUGCCACACCUGAUAUUAUAGCUUCAAAUGUUCCAAGAAAACUAUGUAAAAUACCUCGAAUAAAUUCUGAGGAACUAAAUGAUGUACCUCCUUCAAAAGAUAAUAGACGUGGUUCAAUUAUGAAAAAAAUCUUUCGUGGAAAAGAAGUUGCCUGUGAAAAAAUUACAGAUAAGCUUGAACCUAAAAUUUCAAUUUAUCGUGGAUAUAGAGAAAAAGGAUUUGUUUAUGUAAAUAUGGAUGAAACAUUUCGAUGGUUGGCUCCAGAACGAAUGAAAAAUCCUAUCCCUCAGUAUAAUAAUCAAUCCGAAAUGUUUAGUUUUGGUAUGCUACUCUGGGAACUUUGUUAUCAAAAAGUGCCUUACGAAGGCAUGGGUCUAGCCAAAAUACUAGACCACAUUAAAAAUAAAAAACGUGAAACUCUUGAAAUUGCUUUUCACCCAUCUCCAAUCCCAAGAGAACUUGCUAAAAUUAUUAAAUCAGCUUGGGAAGAAGAUCCUUCAUCCCGUCCCUUGGAUCUAGAGUUACAGUUAAAGUUUAAUGAAUUAUAUAAUAAAUAUGUUUUUCAAGAUAAUAUCAUGCUAGAUUUGGAAUUCCUUCGAAAUCAUAAUCGAAAUAGUUCUCAUCUUAUUCCACAAAGUUUUAAUGGAAAUGCUCAACUUCGUUAUGCAUUUGCUCUUAUAGAAGAUAAACGUAAUUUAAAUGUUAAUGAAAUAUUGAAAUAUAUGAAAAUGGCUGCAGAUCGUGGAAAUUCUACUGCUCUUUAUAAUCUAGGUGAUAUUUAUUGGAAUGGAAAACUUAAAGUUCCUGUUAAUAAAACAAAGGCUGAAUUAUAUAUUAAAUUGGCUGCCUUAAAAAAUCAAUCUAGAGCUGCUGAAUUCUUGGAAAAAAUUUAUAAAGAAUUAAAAAAGGAUUCUGUAACUAAUGAAAUGGAUAUUGAUGAUUCAAAAACUAUUGCAAUUUUUAGUCCAACUGAUAGUGAUGAAUCGAAAACUAUAGUAAUUAGUGAUACAAUUGUAAUUGAUCAACCUGAAAAUGAGUCAACAAACACAAUUAAAAUAAUUGAACAAUCAGCAAAUGAAUCAAUCAAUACUGUCGAAGCAAUUGAACAACCAGAAAAUGAAUCAUCAAGCACUGUCGAAAUGGUUGAAGUAAUUGAACAACCAACAAACUCUGUCGAAGUAAUUGAACAACCAACAAACACUGUCGAAGUAAUUGAACAACUUACCAACCCUAUCGAAGUAACUGAACAACCUACUAACCCUGUCGAAAUAACUGAACAACCUACCAACCCUGUCGAAGUAACUGAACAACCUACCAACCCUGUCGAAGUAACUGAACAACCAGGAAAUGAAUCAACCAGUACUGUCGAAAUAAUUGAAGUAAUUGAACAACCAGAAAAUGAAUCAACCAACCCUGUUGAAGUAAUUGAACAACUAACCAACCCUGUCGAAGUAAUUGAACAAACAACCAACCCUGUCGAAGUAAUUGAACAACCAACCAACACUGUCGAAGUAAUUGAACAACCAACCAACCCUGUCGAAGUAAUUGAACAACCAACCAACCCUGUCAAAGUAAUUGAACAACUAACAAACCCUGUCAAAGUAACUGAACAACCAGUAAAUGAAUCAAACAACCCUGUCGAAGUAAAUGAACAACCAGAGCCAGGAAAUAAAUCAACCAACACUGUUGAA